ACAGAAAGAUUGUACGGGGGUGCAACUAAUAGCGUAAAUGCGCAGAAAAAACAUGACGCAGAUUUUGGCGACAUAAGAAAAAACCAGGCUGUGAAAAAAACGUGAAAUGGCAGAGAAAGCAACGAAAGCAGCAGAAUCCGCAAGAAUGCAUCCGCCAACAUAUUGCCGCGUGCAUGGAGGCUCAUUCCGCGAGAAAUAUAGAAUUUCAUCAUUUUCUUUGGGAAGAUGUUGCUGCUGCGUGCUCUCGGUGCUCUUCAUAGUAGCAGUAAUUAUAGGUAUAAUAGCUCUGGUUGUGUUCUUAGUAAUAAAGCCCAAGAAGCCCGAAUUCGAGCUCCAGAGCGUCACAGUGGAGGCGCUGCGUGUGGAGCCGCCUCCUGGCAGCGCCUCUGCUGUGUCCAGCAUGGAGGUUUUCCUCUCGCUCAACAUAGCCAUGGUUUUUGCUGCCAGUAACCCUAAUAAUGUGGGGAUCAAAUACAGCCCCUCAAAGUUCUAUGUCAUGUAUAAGGGCAUGCCAAUUGGAGUCGCUGUUGUGCCCGCCUUUUAUCAGCCCUCGCACAGUCAUACGACCGUGGAGACGAGGUUGCUCGUCAAUAGGGUCAAUAUUUUGCAGGCUGCGGCGCUUGAUUUGCUCAGGGAUGCCACGGUAAAUGAUCGAGUCGCGCUGCGUUUAACUGGCGACGUUGGCGCCAGAAUACGUGUAAUUCAGAUUACUCUGCCUCAAGUUCAGGUCUCACUUGACUGUCAGAUAGUAUUAAGCCCUCACCGACGCGCCUUGACUGAUAAACAGUGUGGUGUUGAUGGAGUGAAUUUCUAAUCCAAAAAUGGAUUCCAGAAGAAAUUCUCGCUACUGCAAUUUCAGGGUGGAUAAGAACAAAUAGACAAACAUGUGAAGAAAAUAUGUUGAGCAUUGGAAAUUGAAGACAAAAUUGCAGGUGACAUAAAACAAAUCUGUUUUUUAAGCUCAUCAGUGUUGUCAUAUAUUUGCUGAUGUUUCGGCUUAAUUUCUUUCCAUGUGCUGGUGACAAUUUAGUGGUUAAUAUUUAUCUUCUCUCAAUGCAGCAGAAGAAAACUAAGUAAAAAAAUUUUGUGUUCUGAUUUUCUUGUGUAUUGUUGUAUCAUUAAAGAUGCUGCAAAUUGGCAUCUUUUAAUCUCGCACCUUCGUAUUCCAUAAGAAAUUUGCUCACUUGAAUGAAAAUCAGAGGGUAUAUGUCCAGUUUUAUUACUUUUUCUACCAAAGAGACUGAUUUGAUGUUUAUCCAUUGACCUGAGUAUUACUGUAAGAAUCACCAAGAUAUGUUAUAUAGCUGAAUUUGAAAGAGAUUUUGUUUUC